AUGGAGUUCGCCGCAAACUCUAUCAACAACAUAGAUGAUCUCGACGAGUGGCUCGCUGCUGUCCAGGCAGAGACGUCUGCGCAGCAACAACAACCUGACGCCGAGCUUCCAGCCUGGCUUGAAGAGGCCCUUCAGGAUCCGCAUUUCGAUGCAAUUGGCUCAACAAGCCGGUCUGAAUCCGUUCAUCACCAACAAGAAAGCAAAGGUGAAGAGCCCUCGGACGCAGCGGAGCGUAUCAGGCGCAAGAAUCGCCUUGCGCAGCAGCGAAGCCGAAAGCGCCGUAACGAUCGGAUCGCCGAGCUUGAAGCUCAAGUGAGCCAGCUUCGCGGACUGCUGACGCUUGAACGUCAGCGGAAUCGAGAUCAAGCGCAGCCCUCUGUCGCGCAACUUCGCAUUCAAGAUGCUGAGCAACUGCAGCUUCCGCCAAGCCCAGAUCGUGCUGGCCGCAACUCCAACUCAGAGUCCGCCCUCGUCGCCAAACAACUGGAGGGCUCGGCAACUAUGACCUCGCUCCUUGUUUCGCUUGCCGACGGCUCUUGGGAUGACCGCUUCUUUCGCCUGCUGGGCAAACAUUUUGGCAUGUCGGCUGCACCACACAGACAUGGCCAUGGUAGCAAGCUUUCUGUCUUUCAAAAUCGCCAAGCGGCCAUCUCGUGGCUCAUCUCGUUCACCGCCGAUUCGAACAAUUUUGCCAGGGCCGCAACCGCUCGGCAGGUCGGUGCACCCUCAGUCGUUGUCAUGCCCGAGCUUGUCCUCUACAAGGUUUGCCGAUUCUACUUUAGGUUGUUGCUGCCGUUUAGCACUUCUUACGGAAGCGGAAUGGUCAAUCUCAAUGCCGCCAAAGUCAUGAAGGAACCCGAGGCGAUUUUCGAUCAACGAGGGCAACAGACCCGCCCUACUUUAGGACAGGAUGGCUAUCUGCCCGAGAUCAUUAUGCCCACACACAUGCAGAGGAUGGUAGGCGCACACCCCAUCGAGAUUGCCGUCAUCCCAUUCGCUGCACUGCGUGACAGGUUGCUUUUGACCGUACUCACCAUGAACGGAAAGCCCAGCUUUGGCGUUGACACACCGAGCAACACGGUCACACCGGAUCCGGCAAAGGUCCACCAGUUCACCUACGAUGGGAAACCAAGCAGCGGCAAACCGUUCUCUACAGAUGUUCAAGCUGAUCACUCAGACAAGCAGAGCGCAUCGCACCAAGACCCGCUUUGUCCCGCUGCGCGCAAGUGGCUAGAUUCGUUCAUGGUCGACUUUGUCGCCUCGCUUCGCAUUUGGAAUGCCAGCGAUGAUUGCUUCAACAGCACAGCUUUCGAGCUGCGGCCAGAGUUCGUUGCCAAGUACAAACUCAUGCUCGAUGCUGACAUUGUCAAGACAAGCAACUUCUGGAGACGUAGUCGAGGAGAGCCUAGGUUGCCCCCUGGAUGA